CAUCUUGGAAGUGGACGCUGAUAAGGAGGAGUGUUUAUGUGAAUUGUUUUUACGACUGCUCAAGAAAUUUGUGUUAAAACAAUGAAACCUGCAAUUUCAAGAGGGAUGUUUUGCUUGUCCCUUGUUCUCCUGCUUUACUGCUGCCUCACUGUUUCCACGCUAACCAUAACCACGGAGCGACGUGCUGUUGAUAGCGAUGUCAGGACUCUGACCAGCAGCAAAAACGCUGCUGCGGCUGCUAAGAGGAGCACCACCUUGUUCCUGCUGACCGGCUACAAGCCACCAUUGCCACCGCUGCCCGCCGGACCUAAAGUGGCGCCGAAAGCAGCUGAGGUGGAAGAUGGAGAUGAUCCACCGGUUAUGGCCGAGCUCCCUCCAAAGCCCCUCCCUCAGACCAUGUUGCCAAAGAACAUGACGGCCGACGCCCUGAAGCCUCCGCUCGGUGCGGCCCAGGUGGCUCCACCUCCAAGACAGCUGGUGGAUGUGGACGUGUGCAGGGGUUACUAUGACGUUAUGGGGCACUUUGACAGCACGUUCAACUGCUCCAAGGACAGCUACAUCUACUGCUGCGGUACCUGUCACUACCGGUUCUGCUGCGAGCACCAGAGGAACCGGCUGGACCAGAACUCCUGCCACAACUACAACACUCCCGUCUGGGCGGACCCACAGGUCCCCGUCACCGUGCCCGUGGGAAACAAGCCCGACCCGGACUUUGAGACGUUGCAGCAGCAGAACAGCAGUACGGCCUAUGUGAUUGGAGGGGUUAUCUCCUUCACGCUGGUGGUGGCCGUGGGCGUCAGGAUUGCCUUCAGCAAGGUGGCACGCCGACCCCGCAACAGGGACAUCAACAUGCCCAGAUCACUGGUGGAUAUCUUGCGUCACCAGUCGAGCCCGGUGCAGCAAGGAGAGAGGAACAACUCCACAGGGUUACCUACCACCACCUCAGACGGACGGACAUCCAAAAACCUCUACACCCCGAUCCUGCAGAGCAAAGACAACCGCAAGCGUGGAUCCCGUAUGAACAACACCUCCCAGCUCUCCUCUGGACCCACCCUGCUUACAGGUAGCGGGAAAGGUCCCAGUGGCGGCGCCGUUGGUGGCGGCAGCAUUAUCGGUGGGGGUAUGAGACACAACAGCAGCCAUCCUUCCUUCUCCCACUCCUUCCACAAUCUGGCCCAGCUGCCGCCGUCCUACGAGUUGGCCAUGAAACCUGAGAUCAACCGCUACAGCUCCCUGAAGAGGCUGGAGAAAGAACUUGACGAGUACUCCAGCUACUACUCCAAACGCCGCCCCAACAACGCACCUCCCUCCUUCCACUCCUCGCAGCACCACCUGCCCUGGGGAGGUGAGUACACGCUGGGAUCCAGGGGCACGCUGCCCCUCCAUGGCUCCCGGCCCCGCAUCCACAUCCCCUCCUCCACCCCGAACCCUUACCCGCUGCCCGCCCAGACUCAGUAUACCAGCUCCAGCUUCGACAGGCCGCCACGCCGCGUCCGGUCCCAGGACCAGCUGCUUGCGCUCGGGGAGGGCAACACGCUGUCCCGCUUGUCCAAGAACCAGCAACACCAGUACUACAAAGCCAUGAUGAGCACCAGCAGGAGCUCUAACUCGCAGACACUCCGCAGGUCCCAUGAGAGGCUUCUGAUCUCACCUGACCGUCUGGAGGACCAGCUGGUGGCGAUGGGUCUGAUGGUUGGAGGAGGUGACAGAGGAGCAGGAAGCGGGAUGGUGCCCACCAUGGGCCGGCUCAGCCACCACCAGAAGGCCCAGUCGCAGCAGAACAUCUGUGUCACGCCGUCCUUGGAUCGCCACCACAUGAUCAAGAUGAACUCCCACCCAACGCCUGGCCACGACCACGACCGCAGCUCCGCAGCCAUGCCCGGGAUGGGCAUGCACAGCGGCUGGGACCCCCACAGCAGCAGCGGAGGUGGAAUAGGGACGAUCGGAGCCCACCACAACGCCCGGCGGAUGGCUUUUGCCAGCAAGAGGCAGAACACCAUCGAGCAGUUGCACUUCAUACCGGGAGGAGGAGGAGUGCAGGGACUGCGGACUGGGAGUAAGAACGAGGUGACAGUGUGAGAGGACGAGGGAGGCAAAGAGUGAGGAAGAUGAAGAGUAGAGAGGUGAAGGCUGAAGUUGUAAAGAAGCUGGAGAGUCAGUGGACAGUGGAACGGGAGGUGGCGAGGCAUUUAGUGGGAGACAUGAGGAGGAAAAGAUAACUGUGAAGAAGAAGGAAGAGGUUUGAUCUCAUGCUGGCUGCUUCACAGGGCUGCACUCUUCCCUAAGAGCAAGCAGUAAACAGCCCCCCCCCCCUUCAUUAAAUAAAAAGUGGUGGAAGACAA